UUUCCAUUAUAUCUUGCACACCCCGGGGUAAUAUAUUUCCAUUACACCCUGUACACAACAAGUUAGGGGAUAGAAUAUGUUCACUACACUUUGCACACCACGGGAGGUGAGUUAUUAUGUUUUUUUACGCGGAGAGACAAACUGAUGAAAAUUACGGAAAGAUUAACCUCAUUGCAGAUAUAAGGAAAAAUGUAAACAAGUGAUAUGCGAAACAAACAAUCCAUAUAACAAUCUCAACCGAUAGCACACUGUAUUACCAAAGCUAGAAAAACAAAGACAACUCUCUUCAUGGAUGGAAAAAUUCACCUUUAUUUGAAUUAUUUAGAACAUGAAGAUGCUCAUCCAAGAGAAAUUCACAAUACCAAUGUUUUACCACGAUCAACGACUAAUAUUCACCAAUCAAAAAAGUGGUUCAGUACCAUGCGUUAAUUGUGACGUCAUCAUCAAUAAGUCGUAAAUGUCGUCUGUCAUGUCAUGCGUGGCCCGUCGGCCAUAUAUUUGAGGAUCUAUGGCCACUUUGAUGUAAAAAUCGUAGAAAUUGUCAACAGGUCAGUUUUAUUCAGCUCGCCGAGGAAACGAACAUGGUUUUUAUAAGCAGGCAGAUGGUGCUCCGUGCGGUUAUGCCGUACCUGAUAUUUCUGGAAUUGGCGCUAAUUGGUGUGUCAGCGCAGUUUGGACCCUUUCCUCGAAGAUUUCGAAACCCGUGGGGUCCUCAAACAUUCCGUGGUCAAUUUCCAUUUCAACCACCGGACAGAAUGCAGUCCUUCACUGCACGAGGGAUGUCGGGAAGGAAUCCACCUUCUAGACAGUCAGGAAGGAACCCACCUUCUAGACAGUCGGGAAGGAACCCACCUUCUAGACAGUCGGGAAGUAACCCACCUUCAGGACAGCCAAACCGCAGGAACAUGUUACCAUGGGGACAACCAUUUCCGGGACCGCCUCCGUUUGACCAGGCCGCCCGUGAGAUGGCACAACGCGAAGAAAUGAGUAUAUUGCAAACAGAAAUUAAUCCUGUACAGACUCAAGCGUCCGGAUUGAAUAGCCUCACAUCACUUAUUUUGAAUAGUACCCAACUUCUUAACAAUGAGGCCGGAAGUGGACUUUCACCUCAGCAAUUGCUAAGUGAAGUCAUUACGUCACAAACUGGGAAUUCCCCGACAGGAUCUUCCGAUGGAAUGUCACAAUUUUUGAACUUUGGUAAGAGUCUGUUAGAAAGUGCAUUGAACAGAAAGCCUUCUGUUGAGAAAAAGUCUCCCCCUGCUGCUGAAACAAUAAAAAAUGAACAUCCAAAAGGAGAAGUCAAGCCCAAAGUCAUUGAAAAUGUCAAGAAGUCUGAAAGUGCAAAGCAAAUUGAAAAGCAUAACCACGUGGAUAGUGGAAUUCAUGGCGCACCCGACAAAGAUGUUUAUCCAAAAGAGAUCAGUGGACCAGUUAAUCCUAGCGAUGUAAAGCAAGUGAAUGAACCCGUUAUACCAACAGACAUUCGACCAGUAGAUGAUACAAACCCUGUUAAACCGAUAGACGUUAAACCCGUGAAUGGAAAUCAACCUGUCAACGCUAUCGACCUACAGCCUAUCAAUACUAUCAACGUUCGACCUAUAGACGAAGCAGAUCUUGUCGGCGUCGUACCCGGGCGCAGAAUCAAUGUAGGGGUUCAACCAGGGGAUGUAAUCAGCCCACAGGACAGGCUCCAUACCAUAAACCCAAUUACAGGGCUACCCGAGGUCCCACACGCCAGACCCAUCGGAGUGGUGUCCCCUAACGAUGUGAUGGACAGAGGACAUGUGCACGUUGACGGAACGUUUCACGAUUUCCCGGUAGAGCUGCACGGUAACGAUACUCAGGCUAUCCUGCCUGUUCUUGACCCUUUAACUGGAGAGACAGUUCUUAUUCCUAACAUUGAUUUAAACUCUGGCGUAAACUCGAAGUCUCUAGAUACUGCGGAAAUGCGAGCCGCCUGGUUAAUGGAGCGAAAGAGGGCGCGAAGGCUGAAAAUGCAGAAUCGUCGACUGCGAGAACUUCUUAGACACCACAUGAACGAAGUCCAUCCGAGUGAAAUGGUACCAAUCGACACUAUUAACGGACCAAAACCCGGGGAUAUUAUUCCUGUCGAUGACGUCAUACCGUCUAUCCCUGUUUAUGUCCCAUCAGCUACACCCUCUCCAAGCUUUGUGUUUCCCAGUGAUACCGGAAGUGAUUCUGGAAACCCUAAGCCGGAACCAGAACCAGUUUUGCCAGGUAAUGUUCUAGGUCCCCUGUCACCAGAGCCUGGUGACGUCAUUGCAGUCGACGUCAUACCGGAACCGGAGGAUCCUGGAUACAUUCCAUCUGCUACACCAUUUCCAAAUAUAAAGGUACCAGGUGAAAAAUCUGUUAUUGGUGGAAAAAGACCUCUACAGCCUGGUGACGUCAUUCCAGUUGAUGACAUAAUACCUACAGUUCCUGGUUACGUUCCCUCUGCCACUGCGGCCCCUGAUUUUGUUUUUCCGAAAGACGUCGGUAUCAAAUCUACGGGCACAUUGAAUCCUUCAAAACCAAAAACCGGAAACGGCAAUUCCGGCAUGAUCAUUUUGCCAGCUACUCCCGCGCCAGUGAUCAAAGUCCCCCCGACAACCAGACGACCCCAGCCUCCGCCACCGCCCGCGCCCCGCCGACCCGCUCCACCCCCGCCAAAGAAGAACAAUCUACUGAAAAAUCUUGGCAUUGGGUUUGCUAUAGGGAGUUUGCUCUUCGGAAAAUAACAUGUGGUAUAUUAUAUGUACAUGUACGUAGGUGACACUUAGUUUUCAUACAUAUAUGUGAACGCAAAACAUUUGAAAGUCAAUCACGCAAAAACAUUUUGCAGAAUAUCAUUUCAAAAGCAUACAUCGUCUCCCAAAGACUGAAAUGAGACUUUUUGUAUGUUAUAAAGAUUUUUAUGUGGAAUUACCUUUGUCGCGUGAUUUAUGCAUCAAAUUCAUUACCUAUCAGCGAAUUCAUUAUUCGCUUUGUUGUCUAAGGUUUAAAACAUUUCAUCAUUUUCUCUUUGUUGAUGAUUUAGUAGACUAGAACUAUGAAUUGUUUAUAUUUUUAUACGAACACCUGUUUAUAAUUCUACAUGCAUAUAUUUGUAGAAAUAUAUUUUAACGAAAUCCAAUUCUUAUACUAUGUGAUAUUAUUCUUUGUGUAUUUGUAGUUUUAUUGUUACGCAUGUCUGCCGUGUUCAGUCAAGCAUUAAAUAAUCUGACACUUU